GUUGCACUUCUGGGCCGACCUUGAGACUCCUGCUCGUAGCCUCGUUCUGCGCCACUUCGUGGAAGUAUCUCAGAAGAGCGAAGAACUGCUGGAACUGCCCGCAGAGGAGCUGCAAGCGAUAAUCGAUUCCGAGGAACUGAACGUGAAGGACGAGAGAGUUGUGUGGGAGUGCAUUCUCCGGUGGAUCAACCACGACCCGAACAACAGGAAAGGCCACAUCGCGGACCUUUUGAAGGGCGUCAGACUGGGACUAUUGGACACAAAAGUUUUCAAGGAGGUCAGUAUUGCCCCUGAAAUCGUGGAUGUCUAUAGGAAGUGA